GCCUAAUUCAGUUUCCAAUGAUUUGGAUUUGAAAUGAGUAAUUACAUAUUUUGUCUGUUCCUAAUUGGUUAUUUGGGAAUUGUUUAUUGUAAACAUUUGCCUACUUAUAUAACGCCAUGCAAAAAAGCCAAUCCAAAUGAAGGAGAUUGUUCUUUGAAAAGUGCAGCUGCAGCGAUUCCAUAUUAAGCCAAAGGUGAUAAAGAAUAUAAAAUCCCCGUAUUAGAUCCGUUAAAAUUACCCCAUCUAGAGUUGAAUAGUGGCCCAAAUCUGAGACUUACUUUGACCGAUGUUUCACUUUUCGGUUUGUCGAAAAUGGAAGUGGCCUAUCAUAACGUUGAUCCAAAAGCUCAACGGGUGAAUAUUGUUUUCAAAAACGACUUUUUAACACUGUCCAGCCAGUAUACGAUAUCAGGACAAAUUCUUAUCUUGCCUAUAACAGGAAGUGGAGCUGCAAAUAUGACAUUUUACGAUAGUUCAUUUAAUUAUACUUUCAACUACAAAUUGAUAAACAAACCGGACGGAAAGGAGUAUGCAAACAUUACAGCUUCUUCAACGGAUCUUGAUGUUACAAAAGCCUAUUUUCACUUGGACAACUUGUUCAAUGGGAACAAAGAAUUGGGUGAUAAUAUGAAUAAAUUUCUCAAUGACAAUGCCAAAGAAGUGAUAAGGGAUAUGGGAUAUCCAGUGGUCAUAGAGCUUAUACAAGUGCUAGCUGCGGAAGUAGUGCAAGCUAUAUUUUCAGUAGUUCCUUAUGAUGAACUUUUGCCACCUUAAUACAGCUAAAGGAAACAAAAUAAUUCAUAAAGAUAUCUGAUUGUCUAAAACUAAUUACCAAAUUUUUCAUAUAAAUGAAACUAAUUUUUAGUUUACCUACGUUUAACUUUCAGCAGAAUGUAUGGACACAAUGGCAUAUUUCCUAUUAAAAGUAUUUAAAAUAAAUCUGAUCAACAUUAUUAUACUUAAGGCUGUUUUGUUUAGCAUUUUAUUAAUAUAUCUAUACAUAUUGUCAACUAGCGGCUUAGGAAAGGAGGACCCGG